GACUUGGGUUAGCUCUUGGGAUUCAGUCUCUGAAGCCUCAAAGAGAAAAUUUGGCCUUCUCUGUUUUCCAUGGUCGCAUCUUUGCACAUCAGAAGAAUCAUCACAUUCACACGAGGAUUCCCCUUCUCUCAUCACUCUUCUUCUCCCAAACAUCAAUCAACACAACCACUCCAAACUCUCACUAAACCCCAGCUGAAGACCCUCGUUCUCAACCACUACACCCAUGGCCACUUCACCGACCUCAUUCAAAACGUCGUCGCUUCACCCCCCGUCCUCUUCACCGCAUGCCAAAACCUCGCCGCCGCCCCCUUUCGCCCCGCCUCCGUCUCGGACCGCUUCAGCGUGGAGGCCACCGCUCUGGAGCUCCGAGAGAACCGGUUUGACGCCGCCGCAUGCUGCGUCACACUCACCAAAAGCGCCUCCUCAUCUUUGGUUCUGCCCAAUCUGAAGCUGAAGGUGGUGGUCGAGGCCAUCCGGAUGGUGUUGGAAGUCGUGUACGACGAACGCUUCGUCACGUUUUGCUACGGCGGCCGUGUUGGAAUGGGACGACACACCGCCGUACGCUACUUGAAAAACUCCGUCCAGAACCCUACUUGGUGGUUCACCGUGCGCUUCAAGCCUCACAGGUUCGAACAUUUCCAUGUGGACAAGUUGUGUUCUUUUAUUGAACGCAAGGUUAAAGAUGUCGUUUUGAUUGAUUUGAUAAAGACCUUGUUUCAAUGUAAGGCUUUGGUCAUUGAAUUGGGUGGUGAUUGGCUGGGAAGGGGUUUUCCUCAGGAAUGUGGCUUGUGCUCCAUUUUGCUGAAUGUUUACUUUGAUGGGUUUGAUAAAGAGAUUCAAGACAUGCGGCUUCGGGAGGAUCGAGAGAAUCGGGUAUUGGAUCCAAAGAUUUUGGAUUCUGAUUCUCAUGUAUUUUACAAGCCCGUGAAGGUGUAUGCAGUGAGGUACUUGGAUGAGAUACUUGUUGUGACAUCUGGGUCGAAGAUGUUGGCUAUGGAGUUGAGGACGGGAGUUGUGAAGAGUUUGGAACUUGGUUUGGGUUUGCGUGUUGAUAAAGUGAAUACUGCCAUUCAUAGCGCCGUGGCGGAGAAGAUUGAGUUUCUUGGGAUGGAAUUGCAGGCUGUUCCGCCUUCGGUUUUGCGCCCGCCCAUGUCGGAGAAAGCAAUCAGGGCGCGGAAGAAGUACCUCAGGCAGAAGGCGGUUAGGGCUCUUGAAUUGAGAAAUGCUAGAGCAAGGAACAGAAGGAAAUUGGGCUUGAAGAUAUUUAGUCAUGUCUAUAAAAAGAUAAAGCAAAGUGAAGGAUUUAAAUUUGACUGUAGUAUUGAAAAAGAGGUCCGAGAAAUCUUUAGAUCUUGGGCAGAUGAAGUAGUACAAGAGUUCUUGGGGAGCAUAGAUGAGUGUCAAGAAUGGCAUCGAAGCCUAUCAGCUGGUGAUUUCCUUCAGUUGAGACACAUUAGAAAUCAGUUACCACCCGAGCUUGUUGAUGCCUAUGAUAGGUUUCAAGAGCAGGUAGAUAAACAUUUGAAUCCUAUGAAAGCUAGGAAGGUAAUAGAGGAAGAAGAAAGAAGAGUGAAGGAAGAAGAGGAACAAAAUUAUGCGAAAGGAACGGUUGAGGAUUUGACAAGGCUAUGUAUGAAAGUUGAGGCACCAGAAAUACUCAUAAGAAAGGCUGUGAAGUUGGUUGGGUUUACAAAUCAUAUGGGUCGUCCAAGGCCAAUUGAAUUUCUUGUUGCACUUGAGGAUGCCCAUAUUAUCGAGUGGUAUGCUGGUAUAGCAAGAAGGUGGCUUGAUUUCUUCUGCUGUACCCACAACUUCAAGACAGUCAAAACUAUUGUAACUUAUCAUUUGAGGUUCUCCUGUAUCUUGACAUUAGCAGAGAAGCAUGAAUCCACCAAGCGUGAAGUUAUAAAGUAUUUCAGCAAAGAUUUGAAAGUCUAUGAUAUAAAUGGAAAUCAUGAAGUACAUUUUCCUACAGAAAGAGAGGUUAAGAUGAUGGGAGAUGGAAAUCUUUCUGAUCCAAAACCAGUAGAUGGGGCUUUAUCUUUGGCUGUUGUAAGGUUGGCAUCCGAUGAGCCUCCAUCACAUUGCAUUGCCCAUUUCUGUGACAAGACAACAACAGUCUUUUAUCGGGUCCAUUUGCUGCAAAACAGAUUGAAUGUGAACCCAUUGCAGAAAGAAAAAUGGGUGCAAGGGAUGGGUGUAAUUCAUGAAAGCCUAAAUCGUAAGUGCCUCCCUCUCUGUACUGAUCAUCUGAAUGAUUUGUACAUGGGGAGAAUCACACUUCAAGACAUUGACUGUUCUUCUUGUGUUGAUGUGGACUGACUUUUGUUGCUAACACAUUUUUACUUUGCUUGGAACUAUGAAUCAACGAUGAGAGUCCUUUAUACUUCCUUGAAUUUUGGAAAACGACAGCAUGUUUAUUGUUUGUCCUUUGUUAUUCUUGUUCAAUUUAUUUAUCCCCUUAUCUGAUUACAUGGUCGGAUUGACUUGAGUGUGAAAUUGAGCUUUUAGACA